AUGGCUUUUAAAGACCCUGAGAAGACACCCAUGGAACCAGAGGUGGUGAUUCAUCAAAUUAGAAUGACUCUAACCAGCCACAGUGUAAAAUCUUUGGAGAAGGUAUGUGCUGACUUGAUCAGAGGUGCAAAAGAAAAGAAUCUCAAAAUGAAAGCACCAGUUCAGAUGCCUACCAAGACUCUGAGAAUCACUACAAGAAAAACUCCUUGUAGUGAAAGGUUCAAAGAUCCUUUUCAGAUAAGGAUCCACAAGCGACUCAUUGAUUUGCACAGUCCUUCUGAGAUUUGUUAA